AUGGCUCGCAGUAAACGUAAAUCCCAGACAUCUCCACCUGGAGGCCUACCUUUGAAGCUGAAGUUCUUAAUAGCAGCCCACACCUUCGCCUUCAACGCGUCUCGCCGCCUCGAUGGCAGCCUCAACCGCUGCCUCAUGAACCUUUUUGACCCCAAAUCCCCUGCCAACUGCAAACCCAUCAAAGGCGUCGCCUCCUCCGACGUCACUGUCGACGCCUCCUUCAACAUCUGGUUUCGUCUCUACACCCCCUCCCCCUCCCCCAAUCCCAAGGACCCCGCCCUCCCCUUCAUCCUAUUCUUUCACGGCGGCGGCUUCGCUCUCUCGCUGCCAAUUCAAAAGUCUAUGAUGACUUCUGCCGCCGUCUCGCCUUCCACGUCCCUGCCAUUGUCGCCUCCGUCAACUACCCGCGAGUGGCAACAUAGCGCACCACCUGGCGGCGAGAGCUGGGGAACACGUGUUCAAGAAGGUGAAGAUCAGAUGGCUGGUGGCGUUGUUGCCUUUCUUCGGAGGGGAAGAACGAACGGAGUCCGAACUCCGGUUGGGGAGAGGAGCUCCAUUGUUGAAGUUGAAGGAUACAGACUGGUUUUGGAAGGCGUUUUUGCCAAAGGGAGCAGAUUGUAA